CCCAACGGUGCCGUAAACGACACGCCCAGUCGCAAAUCUGAACGGUGACGUUUGCAAAUCUGAUGUUUGUGCUUUGUGGCUGUUUGCUGGAAACGCCACACGCUCAAACAACAAAACACAAGGUUUAUUCAGAAGAAAUGUCGACGUUAGGAUAUUAAAAAGAAAAGCCGGGACGCUUGUUUCGGAUUCACGCAUACUGGCUUCAAACCUGCUACCUGGAGGCCUGUUGUGAGAGGAAAUCCCCGGACUGAACUGCGACUCCAGGCCGGUCUGAGAGGACAUGCCACCGGAGAGAAAGCUGUUCAUAGCUCGCCUUUCUUCGCGUGUUUUACCCUUAAAACAAACGGCAAGUGCCUGAACUAAGACCAAAAGACUUAUAUAAGACAUGAAACUGUCAAACUGACAUGAAAAUGUGUUAGCACAAAUCGAGGAGGUGAGGUUUAUGGAGUGUUAGCAGACGGUGCCGAUAAACAGGUAGAGUAGCUCAGGUGACCCUGAUAGAAACGCAUAAGUGAUGAAUUAUAUAUUAACAACUCAGAAACAGGAAGACCUGAGCAGGUAGAUGGUCAAAGUAAUCUUUUGUCAGUACGGUCAACUACUUAUUCAGCAAGAAAGUUACCGUUAUUUUGACUAAAGCUUCAGUAUUUAAAAGUAUUUUAUACGCAAACUGGAAGAUCAUAUUAUUUGUAUUAUUUACUAGGUAACAAUAUUAUUUAAAGCAAAAGUUCUUCGUUCUUUGAGAGAGGAUAAGAUCUAUUUCACUACAAGUGUUGCAAUCACCUGUAAGACCAGUGUGAGGUAGUACUGUCAUUUUCUCUCCACAAUCUUCUUCAUCUAAAGACACCAUCCCAAAGUUGCUUAUGUUGCAGAACCUCUGUUGACGAGGUGACACUGCUUGCAUGUUGAUGUCUGGGUUUCAUCUACUGGUUGUGUCCCUCAUAUUUGACAUAAGCUGCUGAUUUCUUAGGCUUGCCAUUUCCGGAGCAUUUACAACUGAGGACUCGAAUCCAUCAGGAUGAACCGUUACCUGCCAGUGGCACGGCAGCACUUUUUGAGUGCACUCGCGAGCACGAGCGUGGUGGUCAAGUCCAUAUGUGCCACAGUGAUCCUGCUGUACCUGCUCUCCUGGCCUGCUAACACCCCUUACCUGCUUGGCAUCACACCUGGCUUCCUUUUCCCACCAAACUUCUGGAUUUGGACGCUUCUGACCCAUGCAGUGGUGGAGCAACACAUUCUCGGCGUGGCGGUGAACAUUGCUACUGUGAUGGUUGCUGGACGGCUUUUGGAGCCAUUAUGGGGAGCGCUGGAGCUGCUGAUCUUCUUCGCCGUGGUAAAUGUAGCAGCGGGUCUCCUAUCUGGACUCUCUUAUCUCCUCACUUACGCUGCCACAUUUGACCUGGACUACCUGUUUGCCGUGCGGGUGUAUGGUGCACCCGCUUUUCUGGGGGGCGUUCUUGUAGCGCUGAAACAGACUGCAGGAGACACCACAGUGCUUCGGGUUCCUCAAGUACGCUUGAAAGCCGCCCCGGCACUAGCUUUGCUAGCAAUAGCCGUCCUGCGGUUAGCAGGGAUGCUGGACACUUCAGCUCCACUAGCAGCAUGCGGGUACGGCGCUCUGUCCGGGUGGGUUUACCUGCGCUUCUACCAGAGGCACUCUAGGGGGCGUGGAGACAUGUCAGACCACUUUGCCUUCGCCUCGUUCUUCCCAGAGGCACUCCAGCCAGCCGUUGGCUUUGCAGCUGGGCUUGUGCAUGCUGCCCUUGUGAAGAUAAAAGUUUGUCGUAAGAUGGUGAAGCGAUAUGAUGUCGGGGCUCCAUCCUCCAUCACCAUCAGCCUACCAGGCACAGACCCACAAGACGCAGAAAGGCGGAGGCAACUGGCUUUGAAAGCUCUGAAUGAGCGUCUGAAGCGUGUGGAAGACCAGUCGGCUUGGCCCAGCAUGGAAGACGAGGAGGAUGAUGAAGAUGAGGAGAUGCGAACAGACACUCCUCUCCUUUCAAGCCGAGAGACUUUGCCACCAGCACCCAGCACCACACAAAAUCCUACGGGACAACAGGAGUCCAGCAUCAUAAGUUUUGAAGAUGCUCCGACCCAUUCCUAACACAAAAAGAGACGCACAUACACACACACAAUCCUUGUUUUUGUCCUUCAGAGUUCAGUUUAUCCUUACAAUCACAAACGCUUCUGGAGACAUCUCGCACCAACACAAACACAUUAUCUUGGUAAUGUUUUACAUACACAAACGAGGAGUUGCCACUAAAUGAACACAUUACCUAAACUAAAUGACAAAGACAUCCAUACUCAGUUUUUCAGCUGUACAAAAAAACCCUUGGACUAGCCUGAUUCAUAGCAUCUGCAGUGCUCCAGUACUUCUGCUUUGUAAAAACAAGAAUAUCUUCUCUCCCUCUUGCCUCUUGUGUAAGGUUUUUGGGAAGUAUCCUUUUGAAUAAAUGCUCUAAUGGUUUUUGGGAUUCAGUUUUUAAAUGUAUGGCAGACUCUACAAAUGUUUAUGGGUUUCCUAUUUUUGUUUGUUUGUUUAUUUUUUUUGGCCUAGUAUCAGAAAAAAGGCAAGAUUCCUCAUAUUUAUUGGGAAGAAGAUGGGACUUUUUGCUGCUUACUGAUGUAACGGCAUCAAAAGAAUGUCUGGAACUUCAAGGGCAGGAUUGCUCAAGAUGAAGAAUGUUUAUGCAAAAUUUGGGACUUUUCGAAGAACGUGUGAUCUCUAAUUUAAGGUUCUGCUCUCAUUGAUAAGGAUGUGGCCCUUUGAUUUCCUGUUUUCAGUCAUGAUGAUUUCAUAGGUGGAGGCACAGUGAGGAGAGAGUCGGAUACAGUCAUUUCAAAGAUAUUUUUGUUCAGAAUAGUUUGAAAUGAUAAUAGCAAUACAGAAUCUGAUUCUGUCCCCUGUUGUACCCUUUUCCUCAUCUGUACUUUAAUGAUCUGUCUAUAUGUGUUGGCUUUGAUUAGAGUGUUGCACUCUAAAUUAUGAGCUUGCAUAAUGGACCUGUUUUUAUAAAACACAGAUUGUCUACACAACGUGGCUUGAGUUUCAUUAAUGUUACGAUUUUUGAUUAGGGUUCCUGAAUUUUACACUUAAUAUUUUUAACCUUUUUUUCUUUGGAGUUUUUACUAGUAAUUGUUGAUCUGUUUUCUCAUGGUUCCUAGGUGUCAGCCUUGAUGCUUCUCUCCCAGACUUAUUCUCUGAUUCAGGUUUCAGCCUAAUUUUCCGAUCUCUCUCCAUCUAUAAUAAAGUCUGAAUGAAGAGCACACCUGUCCCAGAGGACCUUAUUGAUUUGAAACGAUCGAUCAGUGCUUUGUUAUUCACAUUAUUUAGUGUUUAUAUCUGUGUGUAUAUACCUGUACCAUUCAUUGGAGUCUGUAGGAUUUUUGUUUUUGAAAGAAGUCUCAUGCUCAGCAAGGCUGCAUUUAAUUGAUCUAAAAUACUGUA